UUCAGUGGUCUUAUUGUUCCUGAGAGGGAUGGCAAUGAAACAAUCCCAGAAGUUGUAGCCACUUCUGGCUAUGUCCUACUGCAUUUCUUUAGUGAUGCUGCCUAUAAUUUGACAGGGUUUAACAUCACCUAUAAUUUCGACAUGUGUCCCAAUAAUUGUUCUGGCCGAGGAGAGUGCAAACACAAUAACAGCAGUAACACUGUUAAAUGUGAAUGUUCUGAACACUGGAAAGGAGAGGCGUGCGAUAUUCCUUAUUGCACAGAUGGUUGUGGAUAUCCUGCGAGAGGUCAGUGCAACAUGAAUGGGACCAAAGGAUGCUUGUGCAAUUCAGGCUGGCAAGGUCCUGGCUGUGCAGUCCCCGUACCAGCUAAUCAGUCAUUCUGGACUCGUGAGGAAUACUCUAGUCCGAAGCUUCCCAGAGCGUCUCACAAAGCUGUUGUCAAUGGCAAUGUAAUGUGGGUUGUUGGAGGCUACAUGUUCAAUCAUUCCGAUUCCCAUAUGGUUUUAGCGUAUGACCUUGUUUCUGAGGAGUGGCUUGCACUGAACAGCACUGUGAACUCUGUAGAGAUCAGAUAUGGUCAUUCAUUGGCGUUACACGAGAAUAAAAUCUAUAUGUAUGGAGGAAAAAUAGAUGCAACGGGGAAUGUGACCAAUCAGCUGUGGGUAUUCCAUAUACACAAUGAGUCAUGGGUUCAAGUGACCCCAAAAGCCAAGGAGCAGUAUGCAGUUGUUGGCCACUCAGCACACAUUGUCACUCUGGAAGAUGGCAGUGCUGUUAUGCUCAUCAUCUUUGGGCACUGCCCUCUGUAUGGGUAUAUCAGCAAUGUGCAGGAAUAUAACCUUGCGACAAAUACAUGGAAUAUUUUACAAACAAGUGGAGCCUUGGUGCAGGGAGGGUAUGGUCACAGCAGUGUUUACGAUCCAAACACCAAAUCAAUCUAUAUCCAUGGAGGUUACAAAGCGUUCAGUGCCAACAAAUAUAGACUAGCAGAUGACUUAUACAAAUAUGAAGUUGAUACACGGAUGUGGACAAUUCUUAAAGAUAGUAGAUUUUUCCGCUAUUUGCACACUGCUGUGAUAAUGAGUGGAACCAUGCUGGUGUUUGGAGGAAAUACACACAAUGACACAUCAAUGAGCCAUGGUGCUAAGUGCUUUUCUUCAGAUUUUAUGGCAUAUGAUAUUGGUAAGUUCCCAAGCAAAAACUUUUCCAUGGAGAUGAAAAGAGAAAACGGUCUUUAA